UCUUAAUAUCAUUAAUGUUUUAGAUGAAAUAGUCUAUUUUUCUCAAACCUUACUUAUAGGAAUAAAAUUUAAAAUGUUACCGAAGUAUGACAAUGAUACAUCUCUCCCUGUGUGUCCAUGUGUGUGUGUUUUCUCCCCAAAGGGUCUGCAUACUGUAUUUUCAGCUGAACUAUUAUCAGAAACAGAAGAUAAAAUCAGACUUGGUACCAAUACUAAAAAAUCACCAAAAGCUGAAGAAGUCAUAGCAAGUGAUAGUUUCUCUGAAUUCACUGUGCGUGCUCAGCUUGGUGCGAAGUCAGAAAGGUUGCUGAAGAAGGGAAAGUGCGUAUCUGAUGUGUUGCUCGUCAGCAUCAUGGUAAAUGCUAUUAAUCAGAUACCUGAAUAUAAAGGCUGGAUCCUUGAUGGUUUUCCCAUGACAUUAAACCAAGCAAAGCUCCUGGAGGAGGCGCUCACAGGCUGCAACAGACACCUCAUAGAAAUGGAGGGAAAGAAAUUACAAAUAUCCACACUGGCUGUUGACCCUACGACUUCCAGAGAAGUGCCUCUUCCCCCUUCUGCCUUUGAUUUUGUCAUGUUGUUAGACAUUUCAGACAACUUCUCACUGAAUCGCAUGAAUGACAUCAUGGCUGAAGAAAUUUCAAGUGAAACUCCUCACGAAAAUAUCAAUCAACGUGUAGCCGCUAGAAACCAAGAUACGGGUGAGGACCAGAAUUUAAGAGACCAAAUACAGCACAGGAUUAUAGGCUUCUUGGAUAACUGGCCUUUGUUGGAACAAUGGUUUACAGAGCCAGAAAACAUUUUGAUAAAAAUCAAUGCUGAAGUAGAUAAGGAGUCUUUAUGCCAAAAAGUAAAAGAAAUGUUUAUAACUGAAAUAAUGAAAAAGGAGAAUAAAGUUAAAAAGAAAUUAGAAGAAAAGGAAGCUAUGAAAAAAGAAGUUUCCCCGGCUGAGGCUACAUCUCCUACACCUUCCCUCCCUCCUCCUCCUGAACCAGAAAAAGAGAAGGAAGGCCAUCCCCAGCAUGAGCAUUCCAAAACUCCUACUGCAAAAGGAAAGCCAGCAUCAGGUGAUUGACAGAAUGAUUUAUAAUCCUGUUUGCCAGGUUCUUAUUUUCACUUAGAAAAGAAUUAUGCAUUAUAGUACUAGGCCAUUUAUCUAGAUUCAGGCCUCAAGCAACUUCAGUCACAUGGAACCAAGCUGUCUGCUCAGAUGAAGUGGGAAAGUCGUAGUAGCUAAGAGCAUGGCUGUCAUCAAGCCCAGGUACUUGACUGUGUGGGAGGGAACGUGGAGUCCUCACGCCCAGAUCUACUGAUUAGAAUGAGACUGCAGAUGAGAGGAAGAAAGGCACAGAGAAUAACCAGAUCAAGAGGACAGACGUCUGUUUGCUGAAGGGUAGUGUUGAGUUUACGUCAAGAGUAAGACUAAAGAAAAUGAGAAUUAGCACAGCCACUUGUCCACAAGAAUAAGGGAACAAAUCAACAGCAUUUACUGGAGACUAGAAUUUACACAUUAACUGUUCAUCUUUCGUGCUGUGUGAUUACAACUAGAAACAAGCACCUGACAUCUUGGUAAACCUGUAUAUUUAUAAUAUAUGACAUACAAGGGUGGAGUUUGUAUAGAGAAUAUGUUAAGCUUAAGUUCCUUCUAGAUAAGGAUCUAACUUCUUUCUAGAUAAGGACCAUUAAGUUAAGUAGUAGAUGAUAUAAUGACAAAAGUAAAAUGCUCAACUGUUGAAAUGGGUGACAUUGGGAAAAUGCCAGUAUCACUUCCGUGCUGUGUAUAUGAAACAAGUGUGGCUCUAGUGUCUGGUUUUAGCUUUGUAAGUGGCUGGCUGUGCAGUUACACAAAUCUAGCCAGGUAUUCUUGAUACUGCGUCAUGACUGAAACUCCAUGAUGUUUCAUGGAGAUUUGAGCUGUGUCUGAUUUUUUCAAUUAAACUUAUUUCUAUUAAACAGAUAAAUUUGUAAACUUUAACAACAUAUGUUAUGGUCUAUUCAAGACCAUUGUAUUCCAUUAAAAUGAGGCUUAACUAAAGGCAUACAUUUUAAAACAAAUAUUUUAUCAUAUGAACAAUAAAGCACAAAGGGAUUAAUUAAACAUACAUGCUUUUCUAUUAAAAAAACAAGUCAGAGGUCUGAGGACAAAUGGAAAACUUAAAAAUGUUGUUUAGAACUGGGGAAGAUAUCACAGAGGCUCGAGGGAGCCUCAUUUAACCUGUGACCAUGGCCUCCCCUCCCUUUUCUCUCUUCGGCCUCACAACCAGGAGUAUCUUUGUAUUUGAGCCAUUCCCUGAAACCAGUCUUUAGCAUUUCUGGUUACAACACAGUUCAGUCUUUAAGUUUCUUAAGUUUGCUUGUGAAUUUAAAAUUGUAUUCUCAAAUACAUUGCU